UCCAAGUAGGCGCCACCCUUUGUUUGUCACACAUUCGCACGCCUCUUUUCGCAACUUGUCAGUGCAAUCAAACUUCUUCACAUAAAUAAAAUAACCCAAAAUCGUUUGAAUUUUCGUGGCUCGAACGCAAGCAAGCCAAUAGCAAGCCGUGCCAUUUUUGUUGUUUUUUCAAUUGGGUCUUUGUCAUUUUCCUAGCACAGCAAGUUAUGGGGGAAGCUAAUAAUUAUCAGGCCCUCUAGCUCGGAAAUCUCGCAGGGGCACCGAUUUAGCAUUUAAACAUUUGGAAAACGUGGAUAUUUUCGUUAGUUCGUGACUUGAAAGAUAUAAGAGGGAAGAUCUUUGUGAAACGAAUCGUAUUAUUGCAGGUGGCGGCGUCACCUGUCAUCUUAUUUUGAUGUUAUACAUGGAGGGUUGGGUUUGAUUUCUGGUGGAAUUUGGUGAUUGUUAGAUUAAUGUCUGUUUCUGCUUCUUCUUCAAUCCUUACAGUUUGCAAGGAUGCAGCUGGAAUUGCCGGGAACAUCUUUGCCUUUGGGUUAUUUGUGUCGCCCAUACCCACUUUCAGAAGAAUUGUCAGAAAUGGGUCAACAGAAAUGUUCUCAGGCUCGCCCUAUAUUUAUGCUCUCCUGAAUUGCUUGAUCUGCAUGUGGUAUGGCACGCCUUUCAUAUCUCCUGAUAAUCUAAUGGUCCUGACUGUUAACUCAGGUGGAGCAGUCUUUCAGUUUGUGUACAUAAUCCUCUUUGUGACGUAUGAAGAGAAAAACAGGAAGGUGAGAACGGUUGGAUUACUGCUGGCUGUUUUGGGGUUAUUUGCAAUCAUAGUAUUUGGAAGCUUGCAAAUAGCUGACCGUGUAACACGUCAGGUGUUUGUGGGAUCCUUGAGUGUUGCUUCUCUUAUUUCAAUGUUUGCCUCUCCUCUGUUUAUAAUUAAACUGGUGAUCCGGACAAAGAGUGUUGAGUUUAUGCCAUUCUUUCUUUCCCUAUCGACCUUCUUAAUGAGUGCUUCCUUCUUUCUUUACGGGUUGCUCAAUUUUGAUGUGUUUGUUUAUGUACCCAAUGGAAUAGGAACCAUAUUGGGAAUAGUACAAUUAGCGUUGUACUUCUAUUACAAGGAUGCAUCUAGAGAAGAGUCCAGAGAACCCUUGAUAGUGUCAUAUGCAUGAUCAGUUCAAGUGGCAGUAUAAGUAAAUCCCAGCUGGAUAAGUGGAACUAGGAACCAUGCUCCUCUGCUAAUGUGGAAAGUCCUAUCUCCUUAAGCAUAUCUCUUCUCUUCAAUCUCUUGUGGUAUAAUUGUAAUUGAGAUAUCGUUUCAUUUGCAAAAUUUUGAAGAAAAGAUCCUAUAAAAUCAAUUACUUUUGGCCAUAAUCGCAUGCUGGUAAAAGCAUCAAGAGCUGCGAAUUAGUGCCCAUAAAUUUGGCAUCUUAAUCUUAUUCCUCUGUUUUCACAGGUAUUCUCUCUGUUUCUCUAUACUUGAGACACUCAACUUCCUGCCCCCUUGUAAUGCAAUAUGCAUUACUACAAUUAAUCUUGGGUCAAUAACAGCGGUAUGUGUUGGAA